AAUGCUGCGGAGGGUCGCAAUGGAGACUCUGGCCCUGAAACCACAGGAGACAGCUCUUUCCACUCAGGACCCUGCUCUUUCCCCCAAAGAAAAUCCAGAGGAUAAAUCAGAUUGGAGUCUCCUAGCAGCCAGAUCUGAGGAAUCAGUGACUUUCAAGGAUGUGGCUGUGGACUUUACUCAGGAGGAAUGGGGUCAGUUGGACUCCCCUCAGAGGGCCCUAUACAGGGAUGUGAUGCUGGAGAACUACCAGAACCUUCUUGCCCUUGGUCACCUGGUCACAGGUUAAGCCACUCCAGAAGUCCCCAGAGUGUGGUAUGGUAGCCAAUGGCAAGGAGCAUGGAGGAGAUGAAGAACUACUUAGGGGAGAAAGGAUAGGACUUUUAGCCCAUCAGCCCUGGAGCAUUCCUCAGGGCCUCCGGUUUGCAAGCCAGAUGUCAUUUCCCAUCUGGAACGAGGUGAGGAGCCAUGGCAAGUGCACAGCAAAGUCACUGGAAGGACUUGUUCAGGUCAGCUCUUCAGUCUACUCACAGAAAAUUCCAUUUUCAAUCUCUGACAGAGUGGGAGCCUAUGCCAGAGAUGAAGGAGGAAUCUUCUCAACAGCAGAACUUUUUCCAAAAAAACCCAUCCCUGAAGCCCAUCGUGGAGCAGUUGAAGAGGACCAGCCUUCACAGCAUCUGUCCAAGUGGGGCACGGGCCUGGGUAGCCCAGGAAGAUACUCUUUGUAGAAAUGAGGCUGCCCUGUGGAAGGGAGUGCCUACCAAUCAUGGGGACAUCUCCACGGAGGAGAGCAACUGGGGGCAUAAUGAAUCCAAGGAGGGUUUUCCCCUUGGGUGCACCCGCUUCACCCAGCAAAAUGCCCCUACAGAAGAACACUCUCCUGCCAGGUGCACCAAGGACAUUCAUUCUGCUGAAGGUAUAGCUAAAGACCAUCCGAGGACAUGCACAGGGAAAAAGUCUUUCAGGUCAAGUGAGUGUGGGAAAAACCCACCAGCAAAGAGACCAGAGGGGGCUCGGGCUGGUCUUUUCAUGUGCAACGAGUGUGGGAAAACCUUCCCACAGAGUACAUCUCUCACGCUACACCAGCGCUGGCACAGCCGUGAGAAGGCUUACAAAUGCAAUGAGUGUGGCAAGGCCUUCACGUGGAGCACCAACCUCAUCGAGCACCAGCGGAUCCACACAGGUGAGAAACCCUUCUUCUGCAGUGAGUGUGGGAAAGCCUUCAGCUGCCACUCGUCCCUCAAUGUACACCACCGCAUCCACACAGGAGAGAGGCCUUAUAAGUGCAGCACCUGUGAGAAGGCCUUUAGCUGCAGCUCACUGCUCAACAUGCACCUGAGAGUGCACACUGGGGAGAAGCCCUACAAGUGUGGUGAGUGUGGCAAGGCCUUCAACCAGCGGACACACCUGACCCGGCACCACCGCAUCCACACUGGCGAGAAGCCCUACAAAUGUAAUGUGUGUGGCAAAGCCUUCACUUGCCACUCGUCCCUCACUGUGCAUGAGAAAAUCCACAAUGGGGAUAAACCGUUCAAAUGCAAUGAAUGUGAGAAGGCCUUUAAUAACCGUUCACGCCUCACUCUCCAUCAAAGAAUCCACACAGGAGAGAAGCCAUUCAAGUGCACUGAUUGUGGGAAAGGCUUCAGCUGCCAUUCAUACCUUAUUGUGCACCAGAGGAUCCACAGUGGGGAGAAGCCCUUCAAAUGCAAUGAGUGUGGGAAAGCCUUCAGCUCCCACUCUUACCUCAUUGUACACCAGAGGAUACACACUGGAGAGAAACCCUUUGAUUGCAGCAAGUGCUGGAAAGCCUUCAGCUGCCACUCAUCCCUCAUCGUGCACCAGAGGAUCCACACUGGAGAGAAGCCCUAUAAAUGUCAUGAGUGUGGCAAAGCAUUCAGCCAGAACCAUUGUCUUAUUAAACAUCAGAAGGUUCAUUCUGGAGAGAAAUCCUUUAAAUGUAAUGAAUGUGGUGAAAUGUUUAACUGGAGCUCACACCUCCUAGAACACCAGAGACUGCAUGAUGAUGAGAAGCCCUUUGCCAUUCAAUUCAACAGACAUUUGCUGAGCACCUACUAUGUGCCCGGCAGUCUUCUGGGUGCAGAGGACACUGGGGUGGGUGAUGUGGACCAAAUAAAUGCACUGGAUGUGGCAAAACUGUUAUGUGUGGUGCAGCCUCCACCCGGCAGGAAUUUUCCCCUAGGGAGCAAACAUGGUGAUUAAGGUGAGGUGCUCUUGGUCACAGAAGCCACUUCCUGAGUUACCUAACAAGGAAGGUACUGUCACUUCUUCAGGGCUCCUAGAGCCAGAUUAUUUGUUCCUCCAGAUAUAAAAACCUUACCCAUCACCCCCGAGCAGAUUCAUAAGCCAGGAAGGGAUACACUUUCCAAGAAGAAACAUGGGGCCAUUCAAGGAUGUGCCAUCAUCCUGUUUUCCUUGAUAGGUCUGGAGGUCAUUCACAAGGGAGAUCUUUCCUGCCAAUAAGAAGACAUGUCAACUUGGAGUCCUUGGAUUGGCUCCUGACAUAAUUUCCAUCAGGAAUUUCCUCUGUAUCCUGUUAUAUUCAUACUAAUCAUAAUAAAACAGAAGAAUUACAAACACUA